UUUACUUUCCAACGGCUUCGUUGGCAACAUUGUCAUCAAGUAUGCAUUACAUUUUAUUAUUUUAAUUUAUAUAGUGAUAAGUACUCGAAUUCGGUGAAUUCACUACAGGAAUGAGCGAACGAUUAAAUUAGUUCGCUCUAUAUUCAAAUGUAUGGGCAGAUUAGAAAUUUCUAAUACGUGUGUUACCGGAAAAUGGCUUCAUCUAGCAACAAGGAAGAAAGAAAAGUUGCCCUUAUCACAGGAAUAAGUGGACAGGAUGGAUCGUAUCUCUCAGAAUUUCUCUUGGACAAGGGUUAUGAAGUACACGGUAUAAUCCGACGAGCAAGCAGUUUCAACACUAGCCGUAUUGUUCACUUAUAUUCGAACCCCUAUUCACACAAAGGGGGUAAUUUCCACCUUCACUAUGGUGAUAUGACCGAUUCUAGCUGUUUGGUGAAAAUUGUUGGGAAAAUAAAACCAACCGAAAUCUAUAAUCUUGCAGCACAGAGUCACGUGAAAGUAUCGUUUGAUCUCAGCGAGUAUACGGCAGAGGUGGAUGCUGUGGGAACGUUGAGACUUCUAGAUGCCAUCAGAACGUGUGGUUUGGAAAACUCCACCAAGUUUUAUCAAGCUUCAACCUCUGAAUUGUACGGAAAAGUUGCCGAAAUUCCACAAUCGGAAAAAACGCCGUUCUAUCCCAGAUCACCGUAUGCGUGUGCCAAACUAUAUGCCUACUGGAUAGUAGUCAAUUAUCGAGAAGCUUACAACAUAUUCGCAUGCAAUGGCAUUCUUUUCAACCACGAAAGUCCAAGAAGAGGAGAAACCUUUGUUACGCGAAAAAUAACUAGAGAAGUAGCAAAGAUCCACUUGGGCAUAUCUGAAUUCUUGGAACUUGGUAAUUUAGAUGCAAAAAGAGAUUGGGGACAUGCCAAAGAUUAUGUAGAGGCGAUGUGGCUGAUGUUGCAGCAAGAAACGCCAGAAGAUUAUGUAAUAGCAUCUGGAAUCAUACAUAGCGUUAGAGAAUUCGUGGAAAUGUCUUUCAGACAUGUAGGCAAAGAAAUCAUAUGGGAGGGUAAAGACGAAGAUGAAGUUGGAAAAGAGAAAGAUACAGGUAUCAUCAGGGUCAGGGUUAAUCCAAAAUAUUUUCGACCCACUGAAGUGGAUCUUUUAUUAGGAGACGCUUCAAAAGCCAAAGGGAAGUUUGGUUGGUCACCGAAAGUAACAUUUCCUGAAUUAGUUAAGGAUAUGAUGGACUCGGACAUAGAACUCAUGAAAAAGAAUCCUAUGGCAUGAAAAACAUGAUUACCUCACAAGAAGAAAUAAUUAACAUUCCACUCCAAAGAAAAUGAACUAAAAUCAAAUUGUUUUAUGACAGAAUACGAUUGAAUAUAAAAUAUGAGAAAUCA